AUGCAUUCAACUCCGCCCCUAUCUGAAUCUACCUCGGUCAACGACCCGAUCGACCAGGCCGAGGAAUUGGAUUGUGACAAACACUACUAUCACCCGAUCUGGCCACAGCGCUGGACUCAUCCGGACUUUACCGAACAGGCCUCUGCAAAGUGGAAGGAAGAGCCAUGGUACGAAAACACGGCAGAUCGUAUCACUCAUCGAUUCCUAACUCAGCAAUUCCUAUGCCAUUUUCCUUGGGGAUAUAUCAUCUAUCGAACAGUCUAUACGCCUGAGUCCGAGGAACUGUGGCCGAUCGCAAUAGAGAAGCUAACCCGCGUGAUAAAUAAAUGGAUAAAAGGUGAAUUGAACCAUCCUCGGAAACGCUAUGGGGAUAACCCCCGCCCUGAGCAGCUGAUAGAAGAGUCCCAUAAGGAUGUGAUUAUCUCUGACUCGAGUCGGUGGGACGGUGCUAGUAUAGAGCAAGUUCGUGGCCAUUUUGCUCAGUAUCUACGCAAGAUUAAGCAGGAGGAACACUGUGAAGAUUCUCGCUUUGCUGUAUGUCUUAUAAUUGAUGAGAGAUCAUUGAAAUCGAUUGUUGCGACAGAGGACCCUCACGGGGGUUUUGUUGGGGUAGUUGAUGGACGGUAUACCCCCGAAAAGAGGUAUGAUUCGCCUUCUUACCGUGGAUAUAUGAGGGUGCUAGUUUGGGCGUUAUGGCCGCUCUAUUUGAAUCUCCAAUUCGAUCAUAUGUGCGAGCUAUGUCCUAAUGCCCCAGAUGGGUGGAUUCCUGUCUAUGAUGAGAGCGAUGGGACGGCGCAGGACGAAGAUGGAAAUUUCAUUCCUAGAGAUUUUGGCCGGAAGCGCCCCGAGGGCUUAGCUCAGCGAAGGCGUGGGAGAGGAUAG